CCGCGCGGGGCAGUCCCCUGCCGUAGAUCCGCGCCGAGGCGCGCAACCGCCGCGCGAGGGCGCACGGGGCUGCCCCUCCGCCGGACCCCGGCCUGGGCGCGCCCUGGGAGGCCGGGUGGGAGGGGCUGCUCCUGGCUCCCCCCGCCCCUCCCCGCGGGCCCCGCCGCUUCCGCCUGUCCUGCGGCCGCCCGGGGAGCCGGGACGUGCCGCCUGGGCUCUCCGUAGCCGGCUGCCCUUGGUGGAGCCCACAUCCUCUGCACAUGAGGUCACGGGGCACCGGCUGGACUGGGGCCAGGUCAACCCGCCUUGUGACCCCCAAUCCAGGGGCUCCCUGCCACCACAGGUCUGGGAGCCGAGGUGGCCCUGGAGGCCCAGGUGCAGCCAGGGGGCUUCUGCCCGGGACUCAGCCCCCGAGCCAGCCCCGCCAGCCGCACCUUCUCCACAGUCCCUCAUACAGCGCUGGACUGAGACCAGCUGAUCCCCAUUGUACAGAUGGGGAAACUGAGGCCUGGGGAUGUGGAGUGGCUGGCCCUCGGCCACACAGAAAGAACCUGCUUCUGCUGUGGACCCUCCUGAACUGUGGUUUAGGGGGCAGUGCCCAGGGUCCAGGUGAGUGGACCCCCUGGGGUUCCUGGAGUCGCUGUUCCAGCUCUUGUGGGCGGGGUGUCUCUGUGCGCAGCCGUCGCUGCAUCUGGCCUCCCGGGUUAGACACAUGCUGGGGAGACACCCAUGAGUACCGCCUCUGCCAUUUGCCGGACUGUCCCCCAGGGGCCAUUCCAUUCCGAGACCUCCAGUGUGCCCUCUACAAUGGCCACCCUGUCCUAGGCACCCAGAAGACUUACCAGUGGGUGCCCUUCUAUGGUGCGCCCAACCAGUGCCACCUUCACUGCCUGGCCGAGGGGCACGCCUUCUACCACACCUUCGGGCGCGUCCUGGACGGCACCCCCUGCAGUCCCGGGGCCCAGGGGCUCUGCGUGGCCGGCCGCUGCCUCAGCGCCGGCUGUGACGGUUUGCUGGGCUCGGACGCCCGCGAAGAUCACUGCGGCCGCUGCGGCGGCGCCAACGAGUCGUGCCUUUUCGUGCAGCGCGUGUUCCGUGACUCCGGUGCCUUCGCUGGGUACUGGAACGUGACCUUGAUCCCCCAGGGCGCCAGACACAUCCGCGUAGCCCACCGGAGCCGCAACCACCUGGCGCUGAUAGGGGUCGACGGGCGCCACGUGCUCAACGGGAACUGGGCGGUCAGCCCACCCGGGACCUACGAGGCGGCGGGCACCCGUGUGGUCUACACCCGCGCUGCGGGGCCAGAGGAGACGCUGCGCGCGGCUGGGCCCACCUCCCAAGACCUGCUCCUGCAGGUCCUCCUGCAGGAGCCCAACCCCGGCAUCGAGUUCGAGUUCUGGCUCCCUCGGGAGCGCUAUGGCCCCUUCCAGGCGCAGGCGCAGGCCCUGGGCUGGUCCCUGCGGCAGCCGCAGCCUCGGGAGGUGGAACCACAGCCCCCUGAAGCCCCCGCGGCCCCAGCUGCCGGUUCCCCGAGGACCCCGCCCCCCGCCCCAGACCCCUGCUCACCGUGCCCAGACACUCGAGGUCGCGCGCACCGGCUGCUCCACUAUUGCGGCGGCGACUUCGUGUUCAGGGCCCGAGUGCUGAGCCGCCUCCAACAGGCCCAGGAGACGCGCUAUGAGGUUCACGUGCAGCUCAUCUAUAAGAACCGCUCGCCACUGCGGGCCCUGGAGUACGUGUGGGCCCUGGGUCGCUGCCCCUGCCCGCGGCUGGACCUCCAUCGCGAGUACCUGCUGGCUGUCCAGCGCCUCAUCAGCCCUGACGGCACUCAGGACCGGCUGUUGCUGCCCCACACUGGCUACGCCCGAGCGUGGAGCCCUGCCGAGGACAGCCGCGUGCGCCUGGCUGCCCGACACUGCCCCGCCUGAGCCGCGGGACCGGGCCCCCGCCACCUGCAGCAACAGAGGCAUGCCUGACCGGGCUCAAACUCAGCGUAUUUCCCGUCUUGCCCCGGCUUCCAGUGGCUUCCCGCCUACUACACAUGCUUAGCUGUCCCUGCACCCAGUCAGGUCCACUGUCAUGAGCAGGAGGCACUGGUGAGGGAGGACACACUGAAGAGACGCUCUUAUUUCCUCUCUCACUCUGGCUGCCAGGAAGCUCAUAGAUGAUUUAUACUUAGAAA